AUGCAGGACAAUGCGACUUCAACCCAUUCCGAGGAUGAAGUGAUAUUCGCGUUCUAUCGCUAUUACCCCAGCAUGGGCGGUGCCGUUCUUUUCACACUACUUUUCAUCGGCACGACUUUCUACCACAUGUUCCAGUUGUUCAGAACCCGGGCAUGGUAUUUCGUUCCCUUCGUGAUAGGAGGAACUUUUGAGAUCUUCGGAUACAUCGGGCGUGCCUUGUCAAGCAAACAGAGUCCAGACUGGACGCUUGGUCCCUACAUAGUGCAGACACUAUUUCUGCUCCUCGCCCCAGCUCUCCUGGCAGCCUCAAUUUACAUGUUGCUCGGCCGGAUUAUCUUAGUUCUACAGGCAGAUUCGCAUGCAAUAUUGAAAAAGAAGUGGCUUACCAAGAUUUUCGUUGCUGGUGAUGUGAUGUCGUUUCUUCUGCAAGGCGCGGGUGGCGGCAUUCAGAGUAGUGGGAGCCUUGACGGUAUGAAGACCGGCGAGCAUAUCAUUAUUGUCGGCCUUUUUGUCCAAAUCAUCUUUUUUAGCUUCUUCAUCGUCGUCACUGUGCUCUUUGACUUGAAGUUACGCAAAUACCCUAUCCCACGCUGCUUUGAUAAGGGGGUCCCCUGGCGUAGACAACUCAAUAUACUGUACACGACAAGUGUAUUGAUCAUGGUCCGCUCGGUCUUUCGACUUAUGGAAUACAUACAAGGCAACGAUGGCUUUCUUCUGCGUCAUGAGCUUUUCUUAUAUAUCUUUGACUCACUGCUCAUUUUUAUUGCCAUGGUUGUCUUCAAUGUCGCCCAUCCCCAUGAAAUUACUCGACUUUUGAACACUGUCCCGGACCGCGAGUUGACUAGCAUUCGAGAUGAGCAUGUUGUAAAGCCAGGUGGAGUCUAUAAUGGCGUGUGA